AUGGAUUCAUCCGGUAUAGAAGGGUCGGACACUACUGACCGUAUACACAUUGUAUCAGACGACCGGGAGUCAUCAGAGCGAGAGGUGUACACUUCGGACACCAGUACAGACGACGACGAUUUCCAGCCGUUUGCACUACCCAAUGCCGUGAUUGAGCCCGCUGAUGGCCCCAUCACUGGGGAUUUGCCGCUUGUGGAGAUCCCUGCUCCCAUACCCCUUGCCAUGUACCCUGUUAUUGGUAUGCCUCUAGACGUAGUCGUUGACGACAACGUCGAUUUGUUUGACGAGGAGCCACUAGAGGAUGACGUUGAGGGCGAGACCCUUAUAGCUGCCGACGAUCUCUUGCUUCUCGCAGAUGCUCCUGCUGAGGAGUCACCUGCCCAUUCACCUAUCCCGGACUCUUUCGAGUCUGUGGCAUCGGCACCAUCACACGCGCAGGGCGCGCAGCACUACUCACAUGAUUCAGACCCCGAUAGGGCGUCAUCUGCUGCACCUGCCCCUGCCCCGAGUUUUGCUAUUGAUCACGACAUUGAUGAGGAUUCCGACCUCGUCUUCCCACCUGGGUUCGAUCCAGACCAGGACAUUGAGUUUAUACACCUAGAUCAGCCCAUGGAGGACCUAGUUGAUCCUGUUGACCCUGCGUUUGCUGACCCCGCAGAUUUCGAGAUGGAGUUUGACGACCCGGAGCCUGCUGUCAUUGCCCCUCACAUUGUUGAUAUACCCGCUGAGCCUGAUGUUGUUGCUCCUUUUCCUGACCCGGUGCCUCUAGAGCCCGACCAUGCACUCUUUGCGACUCAUGUCGACCCUCAGUAUGCGCACACCCGGAAUGGGUGGACAGAGGACGAUGAUGAUUUUCCACCUUUUGUGGUACCAGUUACACCUGUUUCAGCACCAGCUUCAGCUCCUUUUGAUGCACCCCUGUUUCACACAUACACUGCUGAUGCUCACCGCACAGACCUGCCCAUCACAUUUCUCCAGGAGAUCCCUCCACCACGUCCUGGAGAGGGCUCUUCUCGUCAGCCUUUCGGCCAUGCACCUUUUCUGUCUGGAGGAGACCAGUUUGUACCACGGGUCUCUCAUCAUACUGCUGUUCCCCCUGUUGCACCGUUUACUGUGCCACCUUUGACUCCAGCUAGUGAGCCUUUUCUUUGGAUAUCACCACCCAUCAUGCCACCAUCCGAUCCUUAUCAUCCUUUUCACAUGGGUUAUUCUGUAGAGGACAUUCUCAUGUUAUUUAUGAUCCAGCAUGAGGCACUUACUCGUCGCGUGCAGGAGCUUGAGAGAGCUCAGCGACCAUCAAGCCAGUGCCCUCCUCACCCUGCGAUAUCGCAUCCCCCUCGACCGUUAUCUCCUGAUUCUGCUGCUCGUUUCUAG